ACGGAGCUAUAUGUAGCGACAGAGUGGAAAAGAAACAGGUAAAUUCCAAGUCCCUCGCUUAUUGUCUGCGCGAGUCGGUUCGGCAUAAUUACUCACAUAGAUACGUGUAUUACUCUAGAGGUUUUAUUUAGUCGAAUUCCGACAGAGAGACCGCUUGGUCGGUUGUGUUGCAGAAUCAGACUUCAACUGGGUUUCUGGUGUUAUUCCUUUGUAAAUACUGUUAUUUGUAUAUACUGUAAACUAUGACCCCAGUGGGCGGAAACCGAGCCCGCGGCAGCUGGGAGCAGCAGACGCAGACAGGCCAGACGCAGACAGGCCAGACACAGCACAAGCAGAGGCCUCAGGCCACUGCUGAGCAGAUCCGACUCGCGCAGAUGAUUUCGGACCACAAUGAUGCUGACUUUGAAGAGAAAGUCAAGCAGCUGAUUGACAUCACAGGCAAGGACCAGGAUGAGUCCAUGAUCGCGCUGCACGACUGCAACGGAGAUGUCAACAGAGCCAUCAAUGUGUUGCUGGAGGGUAGCCCAGAUACUGACUCUUGGGAGAUGGUGGGGAAGAAGAAAGGAGUGUCUGGUCAGAAGGAGCCUGGCCACGCCGAGACCGGAGAGGAAGGAAAGGAUAACAGGGAGAGGGGAGCAGAGAGGGAAGUGGCACGUCGUAGAGGUGGGGCCCCACGCAGGGGCCGAGGGGCCAGCAGGGGACGAGAGUUCCGUGGACAGGAGAAUGGUCUGGAUGGCGGAAAGGCUGCUGGGAUAGCAGACAGGGGCACCGAGCGAGGCCACAGGGGGAGAGGCAGAGGAAGAGGGGAAGAGCGUGAGCGAGGCAGGCGAGGGAGCAGGUUUUCAGCACAGGGCAUGGGCCAGAUUGAUAAGGGGCCCAGAUAUGAUUUUUCAGGAGAAGAGAGAACGUUCAACCCGGCAGACUACGCUGAGCCGACCCAGACAGAGGAGAGCUACGGCAGGGGAAGCACCUGGAACAACACGGGCAACCUGGAGCCAGAGGAAGGAGCCAGGAUUGAGUACACAGCGGGAGGAGAGGGAACAAAUUACCAACCCAAAUUUGACUCUGUCCCUAGUGCCUGGAGGAGUGCAACAGAAGAGUGGGGUACUGAGGACUGGAAUGAGGACCUGUCAGAGACCAAGAUCUUCACAGCCUCCAGUGUGGCCUCCAUGCCACUCCCCCGGGAGAAUGUCACCAUCACUGCAGGACAGCGGAUUGACCUGGCUGUGCUGCUGGGGAAGACUCCCCCAUCCUCCUCAGAGGCAGAGACCCUGGGCCCCAUGAAAGCCAGCCAGCCCCCCCCUCUCCCCCAGUCACUGGUUUUCAGCAACUCCAAGCAGGGUGUGCCGCUGUCACAACCCCCUUCCAGCAGCACCCCUUACAACCAGCACAGCGUGGUGAGCAUGCUAAGCAAGGGCUUCGGUGAAGUAGGGGACCCUAAAGGAGGCAGCACAGGGACGACCAGCGGCUCCCAGUUCUUGGAGCAGUUUAAGACUGCCCAGGCCUUGGCUCAGCUGGCUGCCCAGCACUCCCAAACAGGACAGCCUUCCCCCUCCUGGGACACCAGCCCUGCAGCGCUGGGCCAGUAUGACAUGAACGCCCAGCCGGAGCCUGCGGCCCAUAGCCCCUUCACAAAGCGCCAGCCCUACCAAUCCACCUCCGUGUUGGAUGCCUUCCUCCCCCCUUCUGUCCCCUCCUCCCUGCCCCCACAGAGCACCCCCUCGUCCCUCAUGGCGCCCCCCGUGUCCUCCCUCCCCAAAAUGACGGUGCCCCCUGGGCAGCAGGUGUCCCCUAGCUCGCCGGACGCCCAGGGCUCCAGCCCCCUGCCAUUGCAGCAGCACAAGCUCAAGCAGCAGAAGAAGAGGACCUCCAUCACGACCAAGAUCCCAGCGACGCCGGUGGAGAUGCCUGGCUCGGCAGACAUCUCUGGGCUCAACCUGCAGUUUGGAUUGCUGCAGUUUGGCUCUGAACCUGUACUCCAGGAGUAUGACAUCAUCCCCGUCACCUCCUCACCAGGCUGCCAGGUUCAGAACUGCCUCUACUCAAGCCCCAGCAGUGAGGCAACUCCCUCCCUGUCCAACACCAGCCAGAUGGACAUGUAUGACCAGAGGGCUCCUCAGGCCCGACGCUACCCCACCGCCUCCUCCCCGCAGAAAGACAUUGAGAAUGGAUUCAGUUCAGUACAUACGCAAUCUGUAGAAGUCUGCCCACCUGCAGCAGGAUCUGCAGUGUCUGUGAAGUCAGCCUCUGAUUCGGCCGCACCCGUGUCCGUCUCCAUGGCUACACUGACGGACAGUGGCUCAGGGCCCGCCUCUUUGUUGACCACAUCAAAGCAAUCGUCACUCAGCGCUCUGGGGCACAAUGAAGACCUGCCCCCGAAUACCAUGUCUCAGCACAGCAAUUCCCUUUCUACACAACAGAACAGUCUUGCUCUGUCACAAGUCUGCAUAUCCAACGCCAGUCUAAUGCUCCAGAGCAUAGACAACUCCAGCUUGCACUCCACCUUCCCCUCUGUCUCAGCGGGGUCCUCUUCUUCGGUCCCCUCUUCCUUGUCGGUGACUGCAGCAGCUCAGCAGGUCUCCAUGGGGGCCCCUCAGCCCUGUUCAGUGAACACAGUUUCUCAGUCGGUCCCCUCGGGCCUGGGCCCCGUCAGCAGCCUAGUAGCUAUGGGCCUCCACACAGCAGCCAACAUGGGACCUUCAGCCAUAGCUUCUGCAGCCAUGUCCACUCCAGCCCAAGCCCAGGCUAUCGCUUCCUCCGCCUCCUCACGCAGCUCUGCAGUCUCCUCAGGUCUCUUUACAGGGAAAGCACCUCCAAACCUUCCGCCUGGAGUGCCGCCUCUGCUGCCCAACCCGUACAUCAUGGCCCCCGGGCUACUCCAUGCUUACCCUCCUCAGGUGUAUGGUUAUGAUGACCUACAGAUGCUCCAGACAAGAAUACCACUGGAUUACUACAGCAUCCCAUUUGCCACCCCCAAUACAGCACUGACUGGCAGAGAUGGCAGUUUGAGCAACAACCCGUACUCUGGUGACUUAUCAAAGUUUGGUCGAGGUGACGCGUCGUCCCCGGCUCCGGCCACCACGUUGGCUCAGCAGACGCAGAGUCAGACGCACCACACCACGCAGCAGCCCUUUCUCAACCCCGCACUGCCUCCCGGCUACAGCUACACCAGCCUGCCCUACUACACAGGCGUGCCGGGCCUGCCCAACACCUUUCAGUACGGCCCUGCCAUGUUCCCGGUUGCUCCUACCUCGUCGAAGCAGCACGGCGUGAACGUUGGCGUCAACGCCUCGGCAACAGCCUUCCAGCAGGCCAGCGCCUACGGUUCCCAUGGCUACAACACUGGCUAUGAGGAUAUGGGCCAGGCUUCGGGGAGUGGGGAUUUCUGUAAGGGUGGAUAUGGCACUGCCGUGGCUGCCGCCGCUUCUGCUCAAAGCAAGCAAGCCAGCUCUGUCAGCGGGCCUGGAGUCGGAGUCUCGGUCACGUCAAGCAACACAGGGGUCCCAGACAUUUCAGGGUCUGUUUACACAAAGACACAGCAGCAGCAGUCUUUUGAGAAGCAGCAGGGUUUCCAUGCAACCACACCUGCAACUUCCUUCAGCCUGCCCUCGGCCCUGGGCAGUGGUGGUCCCAUCAACCCCCCAGCCGCGGCUGGUUACGCUCCAGCCCCCUUCAUGCACAUCCUGGCACCACACCAGCAGCCCCUCUCUCAGAUCCUGCACCACCAUCUGCAGCAGGACGGACAGAGUGGCACUGGACAGCGCAGCCAGAAUGCUUCACUUCAACAGAAAACCCAGAUCAACAAGUCUGCAUACAACAGCUACAACUGGGGGGCCAACUAACACCUGGCCCCAUGUGUCCCAAAGUCUGACACACCGGCAGUACUCACCCCUGUCAUGGGUGUUGCUGAGCUGAGAGGCAGUCUUGUAAGGGGGGCAUGGAGUUAAAUGGUUAUAGUAACAGACCAUUAAGAGCAGAGUAUUGAGUGUCUGGAAUUUGUUCUGUUGUAUGUAACAUAGAGCUGUUUUCUAAUGUUUUUUUUGUUUUUUUACUGAUGGGAGGAACAAAGAAAAUGUUGAAGGUGGGAGACGGGCUGGUUUUAUAUUCUCACCCUCUCCCCCUUAUACUUGGGCGAAAUGUAACCUUCCCACCAUAAACCCAGACAGAUUAACUUUUUCCUUUGUUUCCCAUUGAAUUUGUACAACAUUUUAGUUUUAAGAAUGGAUUUUCUAAAUUGGCAGAGGAAUCGUGAAGUGUAUUUUUUACCAUUAUAUAUGUGUGUAUGCACAUGUGCGGAGUGUUUGUGUGUACACUCGUGGGCCUUGGUUGUGUACCGGUCCUCUCGUUAGUACCAAACGCAGUGAGUUACACACUCAUACCAUGUAAAAUUAUUUCCCAUGUUUCCUAUGUUGUAAAAUAGCUUUACCACUGAUUAAAAAUGUAACAUUUGUAGAUUGUUGCUUAUUCUGCAAGACAGCUGGAGUAUAAAAUGAUGUCGUACUAGAGGCCAGGGGCACACCCUUACCUACUUAUGUGUUGAAGUUAUUUUUCUAACCCCCCCCCCCAAUAUAUUAGGAAAGCUGCAGCAAUGAUUACUGAUGGACAAAAUUGUACUAUGGUUUUGUCUGAUUUUUUUUUUCUGUACUGUGCGUUAAAAUAUAUUUAAGUGGCUUAACUUGUCUUGUACAUAUAUAAAAAAAAACAAGUACUGUAGUCCUUGUUUGUUAAAUGGCUUCCCCCCUCCCCUUUCUCAGAUCCUCACUUGUUAGCGUUUUUGUUUCUUUUUUUUUCUUUUUUUUUUUGUAAAAAAUAUAUAAAUAUUAAGUAAAUAAAACAGGAAAAAUACAUUUUCAUCAUUUUGGAUGUGAAUGUCUUAUUUUAUUUUUUAGAAACUUUAUUUUUCUAUCAUGUAAAUACACCAGUCUUUUUUCUUCAAUUUAGUCAGCUAAACAUAGUGAUGCCCAGUCUUGGUCUUGGUUGGGGCAGUCAUUCUGCAAGUUUCCCUUUCUCAUUUCUAUAUCAAACAAUAUUGAUAUCAUUUGGUUGAAUACAGUACCUCAUUCAAAAGACCUGGAUUGAAGGAAACCCUCAAGGACCGUCUAAAUUUACCAGGAUUGGACAUCACUGCUCUGUAGUCAUCCAAGGAGGUGCAGUGGGCAGGGCUGUGUUCUUACAGUUGGUUUGGAGGACCAGCAGUAUCAAAUAAAACUAAACUAUGUGAUUUGUUGCUCUGUAGAACUCUG